GGCACAGGGUCAGACUGUAAGGUAUUCUGUAUAGAAGCAAAGCCCAUUGCACUUCGUGGGAUUUACUUCUGAGUAAACAUACAAAGGAAAAUGUAGACUAAUAUGCUGUUUUGGGUGAAAGGAAAUGCCAUUGAACUCAGUAGGACUUAAUUUACGAGAAAUGUGAGUGGCACAUUUUCAGUAUUUUCUCAACACCUAGGAGAAUAGUACAAACCAAACUAAACUCUAUCAUGUUUGGAGGUGAGAGAUCAUCUUUGAAAGAUGCAUUUUAGAAAAACAACUUUAAGAAAACACUUGAAAGAUGAAUGUUGGCUAAAGGUCUGUAGCAAGAAUGGGUUAUGACACUGAGCGCUUCGUCGGUUAUGUUAACGAGGGUCUCUUGUGCUGCAUCUGCCGAGAUGUUCUAGAAGAUCCCCUGCAGGCUCCUUGUGAACAUGCUUUCUGCACUUCCUGCAUACAAGGAUGGCUUGUCCAUUACAAUAACUGCCCAGAGGACCGUCAACCACUUGAUCUGUCCAACCUCCAACCUCUCUACAGGUACAUGAAGAAUGAUCUUAAUCGACUCCAGCUUCACUGCAGAAACAAAGAAUGCGGUUGUGAAAUGGUGUGUUCACUGGAAUCCAUUGACAGACAUGAACGCGAGUGUAAAUACAGCCAGAUCCCCUGUUCUAAUGCUGGCUGCCCAGUCCAGGUUGAACGAUGCAACUUAGAUAGCCACUUGGCAGAGUGUGAAUACCGAAGCCGAGAAUGCCCCAAUGGCUGUGGGUACAGCAGUCUCCGAGCUGAAGGUGCACCACACAGUUGCAUGGCAGAGCUGAGAACAGAACUAGAACUGCUCAGGUCAGAGAUGGUCUGCAGAAUGGAAGAAGCAAAACAUGAGAUGGAAUCCAGAUUAGAUUUUCAAAGGAGACAUAUGGUGCAAAAAGAGAGUCUUUUGCAAAAUGAGAUUGAAGAGCUCAAGAGUCAGAUGUCUCGGAUGAUGUCUGAUAUACAUACCCUGAUGGCAACUGAAAGGCAGCACCGUCAAAAACUGGAGCAGGCAGAACUUGAAAAACAGGAAUUGCUGGAGCUUGUGAAGGGCCUCCAGAAAGAUUACCGAUUGACUCGGGAUGGCAACAAGAAAGGGACAAACGUUCGACCACUAACUCGACUGGAAAGUAUGAAGCGGAAACCAAGAGAGGUCACGGUCAUAUAAAAAGGAAGCUCUCAAAUUCCUGCUUCCUCUGUCUACAUUUGGACUUGCUCCUGCGUAAUAUGCACAUAAAAGGGAUGCAGUCCAACAGUACUGUAGAGCUGCUCACUUGAGUAAGGCCACACAUGGGAUCCCCUCUGCUAAAGAUCAGGCAUCAGCUGUGCCUUGAAGGAUAGCAUUUCAGGAAGCAUAAGGAGAAUCAAUUAUGAAUCUUAAAAGAAUUGUUUAAUAUGAUAACAAAGAUUUUCUUGGGAUUGUCUUUCUUGCCCAAAUCUUUUUAAAGGAAUUAUUUCAUUUGUAGGAAUGGGACUUUCCUUACUGAAAGCACAGUUCUAUAGCUGAUCAAAGGCUGUUCUUUGCAGUGGCUCUACAGAUGCUACAACUUGGAUCCUGCCAGUUUUUCUGCUCAAUCUCACCUGAUUUCUCUCCACAUUACAGCACCGGCCCCAUACAGCUUUUGUACACAAAGGGGUCACAUGAAUUGAGUCUUUUUGGUGGUCAGAAGGGGCCCUAACAAUCCUACGAAUGCAUAAAUGUUAUAGCAACUCCCCACGCACCAAAUGUAGCUAGUUUUCAGAUUCAGACAAUUCAAAAGCUACCUGAACUUCCAUAUGUCAAAAAUUGAUGGAGUCGUGUGGAAAUUCUUCAAGUAUUUAUUCUGUGUGAUCCUUUAUACAUGUUUAGGCCAGCAUAAAAAGCUAAAAUCUGGUGUGAAAGUAUGGAAUUGAAAGGGAAACUUAAACUAUAUACCAGUGGCUUAGACCUUUAAAAUGGGGUUUGUAGUGCCUUUAUUAUAACAAAUCCUUUGUGAAGAUAGAAGCAUAAGCCAAAGUUUUACAAGAGGAAUAUUACUGUAGCAUUUGUGAUACAUUUCAGAGAGAGAGAGUUGUUUCUUCAACCGCUAUGGCUGGGAUCCAGAGAAGCCUAUACAAAACUGCUUCUACAUGUGUGGGGUACUAAGUUUUCUCUUCAUUGGCUAUGUAGGGGACUGCGAGGGUAGAGCUGAAAAUACCCAAGUGGAAUUGUCUAAUGAACUUUGGAACCUAGUGUUAAUAUUUUAUACUGUAGUAUUAUGGAAUAUAUUUACUGAAAAACAGAGAACUUAAAUUUCUCUCCUUCUAGGAACUGUUGUGUGAUGCAUAAACAGUUUAGUAUGUCAAUGUCAUUUCUUCAACUGUUCUUGGCACAUUGAAAACUUCAUAAAACCAACCUGAAAACUCAAAUUAUGCAGCCUUCCCCCAUAUCUCAUGUCAUCUAUUCCAUUAGAAAUGGUAUGUCAUUCUUGUACUGAUGUUUAGUGUCUUAUCUUGGAUAAUAAAUAAAAAGAUUUGAGACCAUGUCCUUC